CGUGGUUUCCGUGGUAACCGUUGGUUUCGGUCAACUGCUGAAGGGUCGACGCUUGUUUGUAGUUCGGUAAUGGGACAUUUUAAGUGACGCAGACACUUUUUUCAGGGGAUAUAAAUACUUGUUAGCAUUGUAUUGUGUUCAGACUGCCUCCAGGGGGCGCUAUGGGGCUCAUCCUGACCAGGGCGGCCCAGUGGACCAGCGCCUCCAAGCUGGAGUCCACUCCACUCAACGAGUUUCUGGUGACGCAAGUCCUGCACUGCGCGGAGAAUUUUGUUUCCAGGCACCCGCAGGAGGCAGAGCAUGUGUUUGAGGAGCCGCUUCAGUGGAACACCACUUUAAAGAAAUCUGAUUUCAAAGACGACUAUAUCAUCAGUGCCAUAGGUGUAAAGUCCCUUGAAAAAGACAGUGAGGGGACGCCACUGUUGCAGUUUUUUCCACCUUCUGUUUCUGUUCGUAGCUUCGGCCAGCUCUCUAAACUGCUGCAACUGGCAGAUGACAGGAAGCGUCAAGAGACCCAAGCGUGUCUAGAAGAAAAUAGAGACCUCAUGGCUAGGAUUGUGGGUCGGCGUCUCGUCGACACAUCAGAGGAAGACCUCUCAGCUCUGGAAUUAGAUAUCAGAAUUAAGCUGUUUGUCCUGCUCAAACACAUUGAUGAAAAGAUCCUCAACAAGUUUGUUGGAGAAAUAGCAAAACAAAUUAAGGUUUUACCCACCGCAGUGGAGGAGGAAGUGGAGUUCUUGAACCAGCACUGCGUUGAAGGAGGGAAGAUGCUGCUGAAGUCACUGAGAUACACAUCAGACUAUGAGUUUCCAAACGGCUGUCGUGCUCCACCUUGGAGACAGCUGCUUGGUGAGAUUUGUUACCUUGUUAUUGAGCCAUGUGACGCUGAGCCCCUGUACAUCACCUGCAGCUCUGCUGGAGCCUUUUGUAAUGCGGGGGUGGACAAAGAAGAAGACGAGAGUCUCUAUGAGAGACAAGGUGAUUUUUGUGAAGACAUAGCUUCACUUAUAAGGAAAGUGUCUCCACAUUUUGAUCAGAACGUGAGAAAACAGUAUUUUGUGGAACAGAAACCUCGUAAGAGUAUUCACGUUGCACACCUGGCUUAUGAAAUAGAACUAGCCCAACCCAAGACGGCUGAAGAAAAAGAGUGGGAGAAAGUACAAGAAUCUCUGUACGGCAGGAAGAAACGUGAACCAUGUCAUAGAUGGAGGAAUCUUGGUGUGCUGAACAAAAAUGGUUUAGCAGACGAAGAGGAGCUCAUGAUGAGUGCUGAAGAGAAGAAAAAACUGGGAUCCAAAAGGAAGAAAAGUGGACUCACAGCAGCAUCUUCAAUUGGACUUACAGCUUCCCAGAGAAGGAAAAGCAUAACAGCAUCCUUCCCAGAUGACCAUUUCAGCGGGAGCUCCAGUGAAAGUGAGGAGGAAGAGGAGCAGACAGAGCGACGUCCUGAUACCAACACUGAACUGCAGUCUGAGUACUGGCAGGUCCAGAAACUCGUCAAGUACCUCAAGGCAGCGGACCAGACAGCUACUGUGCUUGUUCUCUGCGCCAUGAUGGAUAUUGAUCUAUCGAAGGAGAUCAUCCAACUGGCUAUCCUGGACUUAGGUGGGCUGGAGCUUCUCCUAAACUUGCUGGAUACUACAGACAUCAGAAGCAAAAUUGGAUCUUUAAAAAUCCUGGUAAAGAUCAGCCAGAACGUUAUCAUCCGACAGACCAUUGUAAACAUGAGAGGCCUGCAGAGGAUGGUGAACAAUCUGGACUUACCAGUGAAGGAGCUGCAGGCCUUGGCUUCUGAGACCAUUGCACAUGUGGCUACGUUCAGAAGAGCAAGAAGAAUAGUGAGGGUACAUGGAGGAAUCCAGAAACUGGUGAAGCUGCUGGAAUGCUUCCCUGACUCGGCCAAACCGGGAGAAGCCAUAGAGAAGGAUUUGGAGGUGGCCCGCUGUGGAGCCUUGGCUCUGUGGAGCCUCAGCAAAAGUAGCAAGAACAAGGAGGCCAUUCGUAGAGCUGGGGGGAUCCCUCUGCUGGGACUCCUGCUCAGGUCUCCAUAUGAGAACAUGGUGAUCCCUGUUGUGGGAACCCUGCAGGAAUGUGCCUCACAGAAAAGCUACAGGGUUGCUAUUGAAAGUGAAGGGAUGGUGAAGGACUUGGUGAAAAACUUGAGCAGUGACAAUGAGGAGCUCCAGAUGCUUUGUGCCAGUGCAAUCUUUAAGUGUGCAGAGGACAAACUGACCCGGGAUCUGGUCCGGAACCACCACGGCCUGCAGCCUCUGGUGUCGCUGCUCUCUAAAGCAGAGAACAAACAGCUGCUGGCUGCUGCCACCGGGGCCAUUUGGAAGUGUUCAAUCAGCAUGGAGAACGUAGCUAUCUUCCAGGAGCACAAAGCUCUGCAGAUCCUGAUUGGUCUGCUGACUGAUCAGCCUGAAGAGGUCCUGGUCAAUGUAGUGGGAGCUGGACAGUUUGCUCAGAUACAAGCUAACAAGGCCGUCAUCUGCAACGGUGGGGGCAUAAGGGCUCUCAUUAACCUGCUCAAUGGAACAAACCAGGCUCUGCUUGUAAAUGUAGCAAAGGCUGUUGGAGCUUGUGCCACAGAAAAGAAAAACGUGGUAACCAUUGACCAUCUUGAUGGAGUCCGCCUGGUGUGGUCACUGCUAAAGAACCCUAAUGCAGAAGUUCAGGCUAGUGCUGCAUGGGCCAUUUGUCCGUGCAUCGAGAAUGCAAAGGACGCCGGGGAAAUGGUUCUCUUCCUGAUUGGUGGACUGAAGCUGAUCAUUCAGUUACUGAAGUCACCAAGCAACGAGGUGUUGACGAGCAUUUGUGCUGUCAUCGCCAAACUCGCCAAAGACAAGGAGAUCCUGGGCGUCCUUUCUGAUCGCGGGGUUGUCCCCCUACUGGCCAAACUGUCUAAGACAACUGAUGUCAGACUUCGCUGCCACCUGGCCGAUGCCAUCGGCCACUGCUGCAUGUGGGGCUCCAACAGGGCAUGCUUUGGUGAACAUGGAGCCGUUGGGCCCCUGGUUCAUUACCUGGAGUCCAACGACACUUUACUCCUCCUUAACUCAACCAUGGCCCUUUACCAACUGUCCAAGGACCCCAACAACAUCAUCACCAUGCAUGAGGAAGGAGUCGUCGAGCCACUGCUCCAGCUCAUAGCUACUGGUACCGACGAGAUCCAGGAGUUUGCUGCUGGAUGUGUGCGCAACAUCCGUCUGCUGGUGCUGGCCAAUCAGAGGGCUGUUUAUUGAAAUGAGAAGCGCUGACCUCAGCUGAAGCCCUGAAAAUCCACCAGAGGGUAUGAGGGUGGGGAGCAGGACCUGAUGAGUCCAGAUUGCCCAAAUGUCGGGAAUCAACAAUGGAAGUGAUGCAGAUAAAAAAGCGAAUAAAGUAUAUGACUUUCUGGAAGA